AUGCCCCCAUAUGGGAUAAAAAAGCCAACUCUCCCGCCCCAUCUCCUCAAGGAACUUGGUGCGACCGAUGAGAAGGCCCCUACUUUCGAUGUGUUGGACGAAACUGAUGAAGACAACGAAUCGGGCAGUGAGGGCGGUUUUUCAUGGGGCGGGGACAUCGGCGAGGAUUCCGGAGAUGACGGAGAAGGUACCGAGGAAGCCGAUGACGAUGAAGCGGAAGAUGCCCCAACACAACGAAAGGUCUCGAGAUCGGUAAAGGAUAAACUCGCCCAGGACGACGCGGAAAUUGCAGAUUUGGAAAGGAGGUUGGGUUUGAAGAACCGGAAGAGUUUACCACAGUCCUUCAAGGAUGACGGGUUAGGGGAUCUUUUAGAUGGACUUGGCGGCAGUUUUGACGGGGAGAAUCAGGAGAAACGCAAACGGAAAGCGGAGGCCGACGACUGGCUGGCUCAGAAGCGGAGGAGGGCCGAGGCUGCUGUUGCGGAGCGGAGUCGCCCACCCCCGACCGCGGCCGGAAGCGAUGAUGAACUUAGCCUAGGCGAAUCUGACCAAGACACAGAUGAUUUGGAUGACAGGGACGCGGAAGAGGGCUGGCUCGGUUUGGGUGGUCUAGAUGAUGAGAACUUCGACGAGAACGAGCAAGGAGGGAGCCAGGACGACUCCGAACCAUAUUACUCGGGAGAAAACGACCUUCCAGAAGAUAUACCCCAAAAGCCGGUUCGCGAAAACCCAUAUGUCGCGCCUACAAGUCAGCCAGCCGCGAAAUAUGUACCUCCAUCACUACGCAAAGAAUCCGGGUCGGACAACGAAUUGGCCGCACGAAUUCGCAGGCAGACACAAGGUUUAGUCAACAGGAUAACGGAAUCCAACCUGUUGACCAUCCUUGACGGGAUUGAGAAGCUCUAUCGAGAAAAUCCUCGGCAACAUGUGACAUCCGCGCUGGUGGACUUGUUACUCAUCCAGAUUUGUGAACCGACGACGUUGCCAGAUACACUGUUGAUCCUGUCGGCUGGUUUCGCCACGGCGGCUUACACGGCGCUUGGAACGGACUUUGGAGGACAGUUGAUUACAGAGGUGGUGGGCCGGUUUGAGAAGUACUAUGAGGAAGCUAAGGUGGCUGCGCUAGAGCGACCCGACGUAUCGAAACAAACAUCCAACCUCAUCACGUUUAUUUCGCAGCUGUAUACGUUUCAGCUGAUCGGGCCCAACAUCAUCUUCGACUACAUUCGGAUGCUGCUUGAUAGCCUAUCGGAGCUCAACGCCGAGUUACUGCUCCGGAUAGUUCGCAUGUGCGGCUCAACUCUUCGGCAGGACGACCCAAUGGCGCUGAAGGACAUUGUUUCGCUGAUUCCGGCCGCUGUCGCAAAAGCAGGGGAAAAGAACCUUACGGUCCGGACCAAAUUCAUGAUCGAUACCAUCACGGACCUAAAAAACAACAAGCUGAAGGCCGGUGCUGGCGCGUCUGUGGUGGUCUCCGAGCACACAACCCGGAUGAAAAAGCUCUUGGGCCAGCUUAAAUCCAGAAGGGUCAAAAAUACGGAGCCCAUGCGGAUGGGCCUUAAGGAUAUUCAAGAUGCCGACAAGAAGGGCAAGUGGUGGCUUGUUGGUGCCAGCUGGACUGGUGGGCCAACCGCUCAGAAGGGACCUGAAGCAGCCAUGGGCGCAGAAGAUAGCGACAGUGACGACGAGAGUAUCCUCUUAGAUGACGUCGAGCAGGGCCUUGACCUCGGAGAACUAGCCAGGGAGCAGGGGAUGAACACAGGAGUGCGGCGCUCCAUAUUCGUCUCCAUCAUGUCAGCGAUGGACUACCAAGACGCAUACUUUCGUAUUCUCAAACUACGCCUCAACAAAGAGCGCCAGCGCGAGAUCCCCAACGUCAUUAUCCAGUGUGUUGGUGCCGAGCAGCACUACAACCCAUACUACACCCUCGUUGCCAAGCGGCUCUGCUCGGAACAGCGCGAGGUCCGCUGGGCUUUCCAAUCUAGCCUGUGGAAGAUGUUUGGCAGGAUGGGUGAGCCCGGCUUUGGUGGGGAUGAAGGAGACUAUGAGGAGGAAGACGAGCCCAUGGACGUGCGGCGGGUGGUCAACACGGCCAAGAUGUUCGGCGCUCUCAUCGCCGGCAACAAUCUCGGAGUCAUCGUGCUCAAGCAUCUCAACUUACUGUACCUGCAGAAGAAGACGCAGAACUUUGUCGAGAUCAUGCUUGUCAACGUGUUGCUCGAGUGCCAACUUCACGAACGGCCCGAGGAGGCCGUUGCGAAAGUGUUUGGUGGCGUGGAUGCGGUUCCGGAUCUGGCAAGGGGUUUGCAGUAUUUCCUCCAUAAAAUCUUGUUGGUGGCCCCCGGGGCUGACUUUCUUCUGUGUGUUACAGAGGCGAGGGAUCUCGUCAUUAUCGGCGGCGGUGUCGCCGGCUAUGUGGCCGCUAUCAAGGCCGGUCAGGAGGGCAUGAAGGUUACGUGUAUCGAGAAGCGCGGCACUCUCGGCGGUACCUGCCUGAACGUCGGCUGCAUCCCAUCAAAAUCGCUCCUCAACAACUCGCAUCUGUACCAUCAGAUUCUCCACGACUCAAAACACCGCGGUAUCGAGGUCGGCGAUGUCAAGCUCAACCUAAAACAGCUGAUGAAGGCGAAGGAACAAUCGGUGUCAGGUCUGACCAAGGGUGUGGAGUUUCUGCUCAAGAAAAACGGCGUCGAGUACAUCAAGGGCGCGGCCUCGUUCCAGGAUGAGCAUACCCUCAACGUUCAACUCAACGAUGGCGGUGAGACCAGCGUGACCGGCAAGAACAUCCUUAUCGCCACCGGCAGUGAGGUCACUCCUUUCCCCGGCCUUCAGGUCGACGAGAAGACCGUUAUCAGCAGUACCGGCGCCAUUGCGCUCGAGUCGGUGCCAAAGAAGUUGCUUGUCAUUGGUGGCGGCAUUAUCGGUCUAGAGAUGGCGUCGGUAUGGUCUCGCCUCGGAUCCGAGGUUACCGUGGUUGAGUUCCUUGACCAAAUCGGCGGCCCCGGUAUGGACACCGAAAUCGCCAAGAGCAUCCAGAAGAUCCUCAAGAAGCAGGGCAUCAAUUUCAAGACUGGCACGAAGGUUUUGAGUGGCACUCAGGCUGGCGAGGGUGUCCAGCUCAACGUUGACUCCGCUAAGGGUGGCAAGGAGGAAUCGCUCGAUGCCGACGUUGUCCUCGUUGCGAUUGGUCGUCGUCCUUACACCCAGGGUCUCGGUCUCGAAAACAUCGGCCUCGAGCUUGACGAGCGCGGCCGCGUGAUCAUCGACUCAGAGUACCGCACCAAGAUCCCCCACAUCCGCUGCGUUGGUGACGCCACUUUCGGUCCUAUGCUUGCGCACAAGGCCGAGGAGGAGGCUGUUGCGGCGGUUGAGUACAUCAAGAAGGGCCACGGCCACGUCAACUAUGGCUGCAUCCCCUCCGUCAUGUACACUUUCCCUGAGGUCGCGUGGGUCGGGCAGUCAGAGCAGGAUCUCAAGAAGGCCGACAUCAAGUAUCGCGUUGGCACGUUCCCUUUCAGUGCCAACUCGCGUGCGAAGACCAACCUCGACACCGAGGGUUUCGUCAAGAUCCUGGCUGAUCCCGAGACCGACCGACUCCUCGGCAUCCACAUCGUCGGCCCUAACGCCGGUGAGAUGAUUGCUGAGGGUACUCUGGCGCUCGAGUAUGGCGCGUCGAGCGAGGAUAUUGCGCGCACUUGCCACGCGCAUCCCACUCUCGCUGAGGCCUUCAAGGAAGCCGCGAUGGCGACGUACUCAAAGGCGAUCCACUACUAG